AUGCGGCGUUACGAUGAUAGCGACAAAGAAGAAGACGACGAUGGAGGAAGUUAUUACCAAACUCCCAAAGAACAAUCCGACGAUGAAGACGACGAGGAAACUAAUCGGAGAGAGACAUUGCGGAGGGUGGCGAGGAACAUUCAGUACGGAUACGACAACUAUUUGCCACAAUGCAAUGAGUAUCCCGGCGAGGAGCACUUGCUCGACGCGCCGCUAAAGAAUUGGAGAUACCUUUUCCCGACGGAAGAGGAAGUUGCGAGGAGGAACAGUAUGCGGAGGGCGGCCAGGAUAAUGCAGGACGGAUAUGAUAACUAUUUGCCCAAGUAUAAUGAGUAUCCCGGCGAGGACCUUUCCGGUCCUUUCAAUAAGAAGUUUCAUCUCCAUCUCCAUGACCACGACGACGAUGAUGAUUGAGAGAAGUUGUUUUUAAUUAGGGUUUUUGAGUUUUAUUAUUAAAAUUAGAUUAUAAAUAAAAGACAGAUUUCGUCUGGAUCGAG